UUCAAUGGGCUCGACGAGAGGAAUAUGACAAAAGGUGGCAUCACUGCUGGAAUUGGGAUACGUGUUGGAUGUAGUACAGCGCGGACCGCGCGGACGGAGCCGCAUUCAUUGAUAUUGACGCCAUUUUACUAACCUUUUCGGUACUUUGGAAUUAACCAGCAACAUUUAUAAUACUACUCAACGAACAAGGGACACCGCAUCAAGGAUUGGUAAUUGUGGUGCAUGAUAUCUACAUGUGAAUCAAGUGGUUAGAAGCGACUGGGGAUCAAUCGUCGUUCGUCGAGGGUCCCCAUAUCCGUCGACUUACGCGGUAUAGGGGACAGGGAAAGUACGUGGAUCUAAAUUCGCACGCAAAGAAACUGAGUUGUGAAAGGAAACACCGCCAAGGUUCGACAUAUCCUAAUUCUUAUCCUAGCCAAACUUUGUUCUGUUAACAACUGGCAACGCAUACGCGAUCACCCUACGAAAUUCCUCUUUUCCUAACAACAACUGUUUGAUGGACCAAAUACUUUCGAGUUCAUUUCUUUGGAUUUGUUCCAUCUCAAGCCCGAGUCAGGACGCUCAUGAUUUAUCCAGUCGUAGCCCAUGUUUUAUCACACUUCAGACUCGGUCACUUCUCAAAUCGUUGAAUCAAGUCAAAGGAAUACGUGCAAAAAAUAAGGUGACGCUGCAAAAGCAGUUAGCAUUAUUAUGGAAGAUGGAGAUGGUGACAAUGAAAUUAUGGAUACGAGUGUUGUGGCCAACAAUCUGCACAAAGAUAUCAACUGCCAAGAAUCAAACCGUGAAGUAAACUCGAAUCUACGUUCGGAUCAAUCUCAUGCAGAUAGAUUAGAGACUUGUGAUUUGUCAGAAAGUGAGGAUUGUGCAAACAAAAGCCUAGGUAAUGAUUCUAAAAUAAUAUUCAAGGGUUUUAAAAAACGAAUCCUUGCUCAGACGCAAGAAAACAAAUCAACUACAUCUAGAAAUGAUGACAAUGAAACAAAAUCACAGCCGACAAACGUGACUCUGAGAAGUGUCAAGAACAAAAAAUCUGAUACGAAAAGAGGAAAAAUUACCGAGUACGCUCAAUAUUUGGGGCUUCAACCUGCGGCAAAAUAUAAGUGCCUCAAGUGUCAAUCGGCGGCCACGUUCAGUACAAUGUCAAUGCUGAAGCAGCACCAGCGAAAUUGUACUUUGGCAAUGACUCCGAUGCAGGGAGUUUUAGGAAGCUCUGAAUCCUCUUCGACGCCACUAGCGUCAAACUUCAGAAUUACGCGAAAAGUUUAUUUAUGUUCUGCAUGCGGCACAUAUUUUGAGAAUUGGAAUCUUUUUCUCCACAUGAGGGAGGUUCACAAACGUCACAUAUGCCUCUUUUGUCUUGGAAUGUUUGGACAAGCUGAAAGGCUCUCGUACCACUUAUUAAGCAAACACGGUGUACCCGAAAAGGAGUUUCAAUCACUUGAAGAUUUUUACGACACUUUUAAAGGAUCGUGUUACUUAAUCUGCUGCAGUUGUGAAAAAGUGUUUUCUGAAACUGACGACUUUUACAACCACUUUUGUUCAUUGCCAGAAAAGCAAACUACUGGCACAGUGUGCUCUGUAUGUAGGGAAACGGAUUCUCAUGCAUCAUCUUGCACCUUGGCCAUAGAACAAAGGCUAACAACGGGUAAUGUAAAUUCACACCCCUCAGACAGUACCUUGCCUACCCGAACAAAUGCACAAUCGAGUGUUGGCAAUAGUAGAGGAAUUUCUAAAAGAAUCAGUCGAAACAAGAGGCUCAAGUCAAGUGAUUCAUUGAAGACUGCUAGUCCUUCUCAUCAGAAGUCAACCGAAAUCCCAGUGAUAGAUAAUCGAGUUCAACCACCUUUGAGACAUCAAGACGAAGACGAAAUUGAUCGUUCAACAAGUGAGAGCUCCAACAGUGGGUUGAAAAUCGAUUCGUCCAGAGACACAGUUGCUGAAACGAUUAUGGAAGUUUCAAGGUAUGUCGAAGGAGUAGAUUCAAACCAUGCAAUUGGUCAAAGUGAAAACCAUCACGAAAAAGUCACAAACAGUGAAUUGCCGAGUGAUGUCAAAGAGUGUUACGAUAGUGUGACUGAAACAAUCAUGGAAGUGUCGCGAUUUCACGAAGAUCCCAACCAAGUUUCAGAAAAUAGGAACUCAGAAGUUGAGAACAUUUCCAAUGUGAAUGAAGUAGCAAAGAACAUGGAUUCGACAGGUGAAGAAGGAGCAGAAUCAUUGAGUGGCAAUGUAGAGCUGGAUGAGCGAUUAAAUUCAGAAAGCCCAGUGAAAGAUGUAUUGGACAGUGAAGAUAGAAAAGAUAGUAAGACAUCACCUUCUCAAGAUGCUGGUGAUGAUGAUGCAGAAUCUCAAGUUUCUGACAAUUCUGUUGCUAAACCAUCGGCACACUCAUUAUUUAGUCCUCAACACCAAGCACAAAUGGCAGAAGUCAAUUUAAAAGAAAGUCAACUGGAUGAAUCAGCAGAAACUGAGGAACAUGAUGAAACUGGAGAAGGAGAUGAACUAGAAGAGUCGACUGAAAAAGAAGAAACGAAUGACGAUCCCAGUGAAUCUCAAAUCUCGGUAUCUUUUAAUUCUGUGUCAGCGACUGAUAGAAGUCUGGUGAUUAAGAUCUGUACAAACCGAGUAUCAAAGUUUUCCGUGGCAACGACAAAUGCUCCAGUUAACAGCAGUGCGAAUUGCGAUACAAGCAGGGAAUCAGAGGAGAAUAAUAAUGGUAAUGGUUCUACAUCAGAAGAGAAAACGCCAAAUGUAUCAGAACGUGAGAAAGAUAGCGCCGGUAGUUAUCGUUUGAACGAAAGAGAGAGCGACAGUGACUCUGAGAAAUUAGCUGUAGUCGACGUCACUCCAGAGAAAACUGAAGUAGAAGCCCAAGAAGCAGAUAAAACAGUUGAAGCCUGCAGUGAUAUAUCACAAAGCAUGAACCAGGAUAAGAGUGAGUUUGAAACAGAUGGAAUUAUAUUAGCAGGAGAGGAAGUCCCAAGUAUAGAUCUCAAUGUCCAAGGCACCAUGGAGAGUCUUGAAAUCGAAAUGCUUCUGAAAUACUGCAUAGAUGCAGCCAGUUCAACUUGUGUCUACUGUAAUCAUGCCCGCCAAAUAGCCGUGAAUGGAAAGCAGCUAGGUCUUCACAUGCUUGCGGAGCAUAGGUUCCUUCCUCAACAUCCAGCAAUUAUUAUUCAGAGAGAGCAGUUUACGUCUAGGAUAAAAAAGGCUCUGCAUGAGGUCGAAGCAUACUACUUUAACUUGGACAGCUACAACACUGUGGAAGGGACCUACAAUGUUCCAAACACUCGAACUUACGAAUGCUUUCAUUGUCGCUUCCACUCCUCUGUACACAAGGAAUUAUAUUUACACAAUCGAAAAAUGCAUCAGAAGACUAUAUUGAUAUGUAUUAUGUGUAAAUCAACAUUCUACAGUUAUAGCGAAUUGCUGUGCCACUUAUGUCCAGGGGUUUAUUCCCCAAACAUAAACGUCAAGUACCGCUGCUGUCUCUGCCCUAUCAAUAAUUUACCUUCUGCGUUCAGACUAAUGGUGCACCUUAGAAAACGGCAUCACGCAUGCGACGUCUGCUUAGAAGCCACUGGAAAUCAACAGCGGCUAUCCAAUCAUGUGUGGAAACACAAACUCCAUCAUUUAUGUUACAGAUGUGGUAUAGCUUACAGGAAUAAACCGGACAUAACAAAGCAUCUUUUUUGGAAACACGGCACAGAAAGUGUUCUUUGUAAAAAGUGUCUACAGAAAAAAUGGCCCCAUGUCUAUCACUUUUGCAUACCACCAACAGCCUUUGUCUGUGAAGAAUGUGGCUCCAGUUUUUCUCGUGCAGUUGCUUUAAAAGUACACAAACGAUUACAUUCUGGAGAUACACCUCACAGUUGCAAUAAUUGCGCGGCACAAUUCAUAUCGAACAAGCUGCUGCUCAAACAUCAAGAAAUCCACAAGGAAAUAGUUAAUGUCCAAAUGGAAGUCACUGAUCAAGGUGAUGCCCAGCUGCCUCCCGAUGAAGUGAAGGAAAAAUUAACCAGCGAUGAACCAGCAUCGGAAUCGCUAGACAAGUCUAAGGAUGCUAAAGAAACUGUAAAAAAAGUUGUAGAUGUCUAUGAUUUACCACCCUUGAAUCUAUCUUCGGACAGUGACUCUGAUAGUGAUAACGAGAAAGAUGAGCAUACUAAGGAAAUAGAAAAAAUUGUGACUUCUGAGGAUAAACUCGAAAUGAAGAAAGUUGCUGAAGAUGAAAAGUCUGUUGAACCAGCUGAGUCGCUACUUGACGAGCCCAAUGUAACUAAAAUGGAUAUUGAUCCUAACGAAGAUGAGAAAAAAGAUGAGGUCCAAAUAAUUGAUGGGAUUUGGGAUAAUUUCAAGUCGUACACCGCUAGUCUUGAAAUGAAAGAGUCUUCUAAGAACCCGGAAAAAGAAAGAGAGGCUGAGUUAGAAUUAUUACGCCAAAUUAUAUUGGCAGACCAUGAUUACUGCGUAAUUCCCACCGAGAAGGAAAAAUUGGAUACGCUGCCUGGAGGAGAAGGGCCAUCAAGAUCAGAGGGUAACAAUACUCUUGGCGAGGAACACGACUACAUUGGAAAACCUCCACAAAGUCCCGGUACACAGUUGGACACUGCUCUGACUACAGGAGGGGAAAAUGAGGGUGGUAAGAAGAAGCCUAAAACGCCGCGAAAGAAAAAACAAAGUGGAAGUACAUCUUCUAGUGAAUCAUCAAGUGAUAGCGAUUCUAGUUGCUCGUGUGGAACAAAUUGUAGCUGCAGUAGUUCAUCUUCUGGAACUUCUUCGAGUUCAUCAAGUAGUUCUGACUCUGAUAGCUCCGCGUCAGAAGGGUCACCACGCAAACAAUCGAAUCGUAAGGAUCGAAGAAAGGCUAAGGAACUGGCAAAACGAACCAAAUCUGAUUCUGUGGAACCAGAGCCCCAGCCAAGCCAAGCUGAACCAUUACAAAUAGAAAAUGGUACAGAUGCUGCCGAAACAUGCGCCCCUGUACAUCCUCCUGAAAAAGAAACCCUUCUCAGAGAGUCUGAUCUUGACACAGAUGAGACCGAAACUGAUGAAGAUUUCUAUGAUGAGCACCCUCAACAGUUAGCCAACAAACUUUUAGCAGAAAAACGCAAUCAACUAAUGCUUCUUGCUGCUGUGGCACCUGCUUCUACCGAUUCACAAGUAUCAGCACCUCUCAAUAAUGGAUUCGUUGACACCGACGAACACCAUACCAAUCGUGCACCUUCUCCGAUUCCUGCUCCCCUUGAAAAUAUUCCGCCACCAAAGAAAAAAGUGAAAACAAAGAAACGGAAGAAAAAUGAAAGGGAAAAACAACGAACUAGUACUCCCACCGUAGAAUCGAUAAAAUUAAACAUUCCCAAAUCCUUUUACCAAACCAAGCCUGGAUUUGCCUCGUCAUCGCCAGCUUUUAUAACCGUUGUACCCAGUAGAUCUUCCACUCCAAACCUCACCACUCCUGCCACCGAAGUAGCUUCUGGUAAAGAAUCCCAGAAAGCAAAGUCAAGUACUCUCCAAGCCGUUGGUAGCGGAUCAGAAACGGACAAUAAACGAUCUUCGAAGAGGAAGCGGGUUCCAAAACGUUUUUAUGGCGAUUCGAGUGGAGAAGAAUCGGAAAAGCAACCAGUAUUAAAGUGGCGCAAAGUUGAACCUCCAUCUUGGGUUACAACUCCAGUUGCUGCGCCAUCGCCUCCGCAAAUGGCAUUUCCUGGAAAUUCACUUUCCUAUAGUGCAGAAACUAAGAAUGAUGAGGCUCUACCCACAGCUGCACCAUCCGAAAGUGAAUCUGAAGCACAAGCAGACAGUAGUAGUGAUUCUAGCGAAUCUGAGGUGGAAUCACCACCUCAAGAUCAACAGCAAGUACUACAACAACAGCAACAACAAUAUCAUCAGCAACAGCAACAACAGUACCACCGCCAGGAGCAACAGCAUCAUUAUCAGCAGCAGCAAACCCCUCAUCACCCACCACAGCCACACACCUAUAGCACUGAAAAUAAUGCUCCGGUAUUGGAACGUACAGACAACUUGUAUUGUUACUGUCAGUGUCCCUAUGAUGAAGUAUCAGAGAUGAUAGCCUGCGACGGAGAUGAUUGCAAUAUUGAAUGGUUCCACUUUGAGUGUGUGGGGAUAAUGGUACCACCGAAGGGCAAAUGGUAUUGCCCCGAUUGUCGGAAAAAGCUCGGUAUCGUUAACACUACUGAUGAUUAUUUUGACUGAAUGUGUCGUAAAUAUUAUUUUAAAUUAUUGGAUCCGUAUUACGCUGAUAAACAAGUUAAAUCCUGUUAUUUUGAAGCUUGCUAACUAGCUAGGUAGAGUUGAUUGAUAUUCAGCUAUAGAAGUUGGAGAGCCAAGAGAUGUUCACGCCAAAGGGAUCAGCGUUGUAAUUUUAUGAGCAGCUCAAUUGUGCGAAAUAUUCUCUCCAAGAGCUCUAUUAAUUCACUGUUAAAUAUUUUCAAACAGACGGAGUAGGUGGAUUGUUGUUCAUUGCAAAGAUAAGUUGGAAUGCUAACAGCUAUAUUUACUAUUUCAUCAUUCUCCGUCACUCGGUUAAUAAUGCGAUGGUUCCAUGUUGAUAUUUUUCUUAAAUCAACAACUGUUUGUACAUAAAUGUAAAUAUGCCCUAGAGUUUAUAACAAUGAAUCGAAGUUUCAGUGUAAAUUUAUUUGUACUCCUUUUAAUGACAUCGAUGUAAAUUACUUUAGGUAGGUCAUAGAAUCUUAGAGACUAGCUCGCAUACGCUAUAGAAGAGGUCUGGUUCAAGGCAGAGGUGAAGAUGGAAGUUUGUGAAUUUCGAGGAUUUAGGACGGUUACUGCGAAACCCAUAAGAUGACUACUAAUCUAGCUGCUGGCGGCACUGCUGGCAGUGUCUAGGCCGCUAUUCGUAUAGUAUACAUCUAAUUCCGUUUUACACGUACAAGUUUAUAAUUUCCAUUGAUGUUAUGUUUCGAGACUCUUCUUUGGGUUUAAGCAACAUGGUUUGGAAUUGGCCAUUAUGGAUAAAUCUUAAAUUAUUUGUUACUCUAAUUUUUUUCACAUCGUCGCGCGUACCUAGCAUAAUAUUAUUUAUUUUACGUGUAAUUUGCCACUUGAAAAUUGUUCGCCAAGGAACAAGCGAAUCAAUUAUCUUGAAAGUAAUUGAAUUAAUGAAUAAUUAAAAAUCAGUCAAUGAUGGUAUAACUGCUGCUAUCAAGAAUGCAGGUAGUCAAGCAGUUGGAAAAUGUGCGAUAAACAACGAAAAAUGAAAUCAAAUCAAAUGACUUCACCGUGUGUAUGAGUGCGUACCUGUGGAAAUCUAUUCGGAAAUCAUUAUGUUAAUUUGGCAUAGGAUAAAACUGAGCAGCGAUAAACAUAUCUUACAGACUUUUCUAUUCCACAGUUUAUUCUUGUGUUUCUUCCUCUCGGUUCAUUAUUUACGAUGGAUGUUAUUUCGAUGGCGUUCAAAGCUUAUUCAUCAUUACAACUGUAUAGCAUGAACAAUUUAUGUUCUAUGUCAAUUUAAAUUGUUAACAUUAUAUAGGUAUAUAUUUACGUUAUCAAGUUCUUGGCGUAUUAUUAUGUAUUUUAUGGUAUUUUUAAGUCAUCCAAGCAGCCAUUGUAAGAUGAAGAUAUAAUCAUAGAGGUGUAAUGUUUGCUUUGUUAUCCUCUACUUAUUCACGCGUUAAUUUCAAUUUGCAGUUGCUUUUCUUUUACCUAUUCGUGCAAAAGUGUCGCCAUACGGAUCCAACAGUCUCUGCCUGUACUCAAGCCUCAUCAGCAAUUAUUCAAAGAUACAUCCUCGAAUUCAAUCUGCAGUUAACUUAAUUAGGCGUGAUAAGAUUGGUACGAGGGUCUUAAACCCACCGUGCAAGAACUGAAGUAAAUAUUAGUACAACCUUAAAAAAAAGGCGAGUCGAUGUGAGAAAGAUAUGUUAAAAAGAAUUCAUCGAAAAAUUGUUUAAUUUUAAAAUCAAAGAAACUAAUAAUGAUGAUAAUCUACUUUAAAAUAACGUCAAGAUUUGCUAAAUCUAAUAGGAUCGGUUGAUGAAUUUUCAAAUAAUCAACAAUUGUUUUGCAACAUUCCGCAAAUUUUUAUUGUCUAAUUAAAUAUUAAUAAUAUCCAAACUGUGUACUAAUUAAAUCGGUAUUCAAUAAAUAAUUAGCUACGACAGUUUUACUGCGAUCCUAUACACACAUACAUAUACUAGGUAGUAGAUGAUCUCGUAUUAUCAAAAUAGGGAUUGAAAUUUUAUAAUAAAUUUAAAAUCAUCAAAAUAAGAAUCGCAGCCAUUGUCAGCUCGUGGGAUCCGAAAACUGAACUAAAUGAUGAUUGAACGUUUUUUUGCAAAUGAUGAUUUUGAACCUGCAGCAAUUAUGACGCUUUAGGGAUGAUUCAGCUAUGCGUGUUGAAUUAAUGUGUCUGUGGAAUAUCCUUGCCUGGCGAGGAAGAAUUCAUUUCCUCUACAGGUUCGAUCCCCAAGAUGCCCACAGCAAAAUCUUUGUAAGAUAUAUCCUGUACCAUAAAACAAUACACUAUUAUAAGUAA